ACAUGGAACAAUCUUCAAGUGAAGAAUAUUUAAAAUUGAUGGAUGAAAAUAUCGAUGAUGAUGAUGAUGAUGGUGGUGGUGGUGGUGGUGGGAAUGAUGAUAAUACUGUCAACAUUGAUAUUAAUCAACAUUACAAUCGUAAAUCACCAAAAUGUUUUGAUUGUUUUAUUUUCAAAGAAUUCAUCAAAAAUCGAUCCAAAUUAUUUUUAUCAAUAUUUUUAUUCAUCAUUAUAUUCGAAACAUAUAUUAUAAUGUAUUGUAAUGAUAGUAAUAAUAAUAAUUUUUCAAUUAUCAAACAAUUCAAUCAUACAACUACAAUAAUAAAUAAUGAUUCAAAUAAACAUUAUGAUAAUGAAAAUGAUGAUGAAAAAUUAAAAAUUGAUCAAAUUCUUGAAUCAAUUUUACCGAAAAGAAAAUCAUUGAAUAAAUUGAAAACAUUAUCAUUGAUUGAAUUGGAAUCAAAUUUAGCUGCAUUAUAUACUGAUGAAUGGCAAACAUUUAGUAAUACAAAAUGGUUAAAUCAAAAAUUAUCAAUGAUUCAAUAUUGUGAUAAUAUUUCAUUGAUACCAAUACAUGAAAUUAAACAGGCAAAUAUUUAUUGGCAAACAAUUAAAUCACCUUUGAUUGAUUUGAAUAUGAAUAUUACAUUGGAUGCAUAUGAUCCAUUCACAAUAUACAUAUACAAUGCAUAUUAUGAUGAUCGUUCUGGUCGAUCGGAAGUAAAAAUUCUAACAUCAUGUGAUCAACAGGUUAUUAUUGAAAAACUAAAAUUUGGAUGUUUGCUUUGGUUUGAUGAUCAAAAAGCACCAGUUAUUGGUAACAUAACAGAAGUGUUUACAAUUUGGCCUAAAUAUUGGGAUUUUGGUAUACAACCAAAUAUUUAUGGACCACAAAUUAUAACCUGUAGAAUACCAGAACCAUUGAAUAGAAUUAUUCCACGUGCAAUAACAUUAACAUCAAAACCAAUGACUUGUGAUCUUGGUGAAACACCUGUUGAAAAUGUUGUACGUGUUAUACAUCGAAAUGAUACCAGUGAUUUAAUACAAAAUGAUGUGAAUCGAAAUCAAAAUUUUACAAUCGGUGUUUGUGUACAUGCAUUUCGUUAUCGAACAUAUGAUUUUAGUGUACGAUUAAUUGAAUGGCUUGAAAUGAACAGAUUAUUGGGAGCAUCAAAAAUCUAUUUCUAUAUUUUUGAUGCAACCGAAUCGGUAUAUCGUGUUUUACGACAUUAUGCUAAAGAGGGUCUAAUUGAAUGGCGACGAUUAACACUUCCUGGUGUACAACCAAACAUUGAUUCAAUGUAUGAAUAUUAUUACAAACAAAUAAAUGGAAAAUCUUUUGCAGAAGAAUUGCUUGAACUAAAUGAUUGCCUUUAUCGUAAUAUUUAUCGUCAUGAUUAUAUUGGAUUAUUUGAUAUAGAUGAAAUAUUAAUGCCACAAAAACAAUUACAAAAUUGGUUUGAUGUAUUGAAUCGAAUUAAAAAACGAUCUUCGAUCGAUGAAAAACAGGCAGGAUAUUUGGCACAUAAACAUUCAUAUGUUUAUGAAAUGUAUGAAGAAAUUUAUCAUAAUGGAAAAAUUAUACCAUCAUAUAUGCAUAUAAUGCGUCAUACAUAUCGUGCAAAACCAUAUCAAGAUGGUAAAAAUACUAAAUGUUUUCAUCGUACUGAUAAAGUGUCUGCAGUACAUAAUCAUUUUCCAAUUCGUUGUAUAAAUCGUACCGGUUUUUAUUUUAAUUGUGAAGGUAUUACAUUUGAUGAAUAUGAUGAAUCAAUUUUGAUGCAUUAUCGACCAAAUCGACAACCUGAUGAACAAUGUAUGAUCAAUAAAACCAAUGAACAAAUUCUUCAAUAUUGUACAAUAAAUGAUCAUACAGCAUGGAAAUGGUAUGAUAUAUUAGUAAAAAAUGUUCGUCAAAAACUGAUUACAAUAUUUGGUAAUGAUGAAUAACU